AUGUCGUCGCCGCCCGCCGCGCCUGCGCCGGCUUCUCCGCCGACCAAUCGCACGGCGCCUCCGCCGGCGGCAUCGGCGCCACCUCCUGCCAAUUCCUCAACCCCGUCGCCGCCAGCGGCCUCCGCGCCGCCCCCUUCUCCCCUGCCACCGCCGGCGACGCCCACGCCCUCCGCGCCGGCGCCGUCUUCCGGCAACACUCCCACGACCCCAUCCACCCCUCCUCCCGCGACGCCAUCUCCCCCGUCGACCACGCCGUCUCCGCCCUCCGACAGGUCCCCGCCGUCGCCCCCGGCGGCCUCGCCGCCGCCCUCGUCGAGCUCGGGGCUCACGACGCCCGUCGUGGUGGGGAUCGCGGUGGGCGGCCUCAUCGCGCUGCUGCUCGCCAGCCUGCUCUGCUUCUGCCUGCUCAAGAAGAAGAAGAGGCGGCACCACCCGCACCACCCGCCGCCCCCGCCGCCGCCCCACCACCUGCACUACUACGGCCACCAGCCGCCGCCGCCACCACCGCCGCACUUGAAAGGGGAUCAAUACGGUGGGGCGUACCAGAAUUGGCAGCAUAAUGCCCCUCCACCACCACCACCUGACCAUGUGGUGAAGAUGCAUUCGCAUCCUCCGCCCAAACCGGCUCCUCCUCCUGUCAAUGUAAACAGCAGCGGUUCUGGUUCAAAUUACUCAGGUGGCGGUGAGAACCGAAACCCGCAUUCGCCACUCGGAAACGCCCUCAGCUUCUCAAGGUCCACUUUUACCUAUGAAGACUUGGCCGUGGCGACCGACCAGUUCUCUGACGCUAAUCUUCUCGGACAAGGUGGUUUCGGAUUUGUUCACAAAGGGGUACUUCCGGAUGGCACGGAAGUUGCUGUGAAGCAGUUAAGAGAUGGGAGUGGCCAGGGAGAGCGUGAGUUCCAGGCAGAGGUUGAGAUUAUCAGCCGAGUGCAUCAUAAACAUCUCGUGACACUGGUUGGUUAUUGCAUUUCUGAAGAAAAGAGAUUGCUUGUCUAUGAGUUUGUUCCCAACAACACAUUAGAAUUCCACUUACAUGGUAGGCGUGGACCAACCAUGGAUUGGCCUGCAAGACUACGUAUUGCUUUGGGUUCUGCGAAGGGAUUGGCAUAUCUUCAUGAAGACUGCCAUCCUAAGAUCAUUCAUCGCGACAUAAAGGCAGCAAAUAUUCUUAUGGAUCACAGAUUUGAAGCUAAGGUGGCAGAUUUUGGACUUGCAAAGUUAACUCCUGAUAAUGACACCCAUGUUUCCACCAGAGUAAUGGGCACCUUUGGGUACCUUGCACCAGAGUAUGCUUCUUCUGGCAAGCUCACUGAGAAAUCAGAUGUCUUCUCUUUCGGAGUAAUGCUUCUUGAGCUAAUAACUGGGCGCCGUCCUGUAAGUUCAAAACAAGCGCAUAUGGAUGACAGCUUGGUUGACUGGGCAAGGCCUUUAAUGACGCAAGCACUCCAAGACGGUAAUCACGAUGCUUUAGUUGAUCCCCAGCUGGGGACGGAGUUCAAUGAUAACGAGAUGGCAAGGAUGAUAGCCUGUGCAGCUGCAUGUGUACGCCAUUCUGGUCGGCGACGUCCACGAAUGAGCCAGGUUGUUCGGGCCUUGGAAGGCGAUGUAUCACUUGAUGAUCUGAACGAAGGCGUUCGUCCUGGCCACAGUCGGUUUAUGGGAUCACACGCAAGCUCCGAGUACGACACCAACCAGUACAACGAGGACCUGAAGAAGUUCAGGAAGAUGGCACUUGGUACCAGCAGCUUCCAGAGCAGCCAACAAACACCGUCCAGCAGCGAGCACGGCCACCAGGACCCGUCCACCGCAGGCAGCGAUAGCCAUCAUCACACGCAGGAGAUGGAGAUGGGGACUAAAAAGAGAGACGGCGGCAAACCUGAAGCUUCACCUAAUGGCCUGGAGAGGAACAAGGAGGAACGCCGACCGCCACGCCUCGGCAAGCACGGAGGAGCAGGGGGAGGGCUGCGCCUGGCCCGGCCGUGGCGCCGCCGCCCCUGGCCACGAGCACGGAGGAGAGGAGGGCUGCCCCUGGCCCGGCCGUGGCCGCCGCCGCCCCUGGCCGCGAGCGAGCGGUUCCACCUCGCCGCGCUCGGCAACCUCCGCGCCGCCGCGCCCGACGACCUCCGCGCCGCCACGAGGCCGGCGUCGCCGCGCCCGAUGACCUCCGCGCCAACGCGCCUCGCUCCGCCCAGCAACCUCCGGUCGUCACGCCUGGCUCCGGCGGCCUCCGCGCCUUGCUCCGCCCGGCUGCACGAGGUGUGGAACCGUUCCAUUCCAUUCUAG